AUGUCUACGAUUUCCGAUAGCGCAAUGUACCUAGUUACCAUAACACCAGUGCAAAAACGCAGUGUUUCACCGAUGACUCCUUCCCCAUCGAGAGAAGUUAAAGGCAUCCGGCUGUUCCGUGCGAUCAGCAGAAAAUUAGCUAGAAGAUCCCACGAUGAUCUUUGCGAAGACGACAGUCGAUCUUCGAGUACCGAUUCGUGUUCUUCGACGUCGGUUUCGAGAUGUUCUAGAAGUAGAAAGUUGGAAAAUAAUAGUUCGUCGUCAGCUGAGUCUGGAUUUAGAUCGGUUUCUCCACAUCAUCUUUCAAGCAGUUCCAGUGAUAAUGGAGAAAUACAGAUUAAGAAUAGACAUCAUCAUUCGACUUCCGCGGAAAGUAUAAGGAAGGUCUUCCAUAAUUUGUCGAUUGGAGUUCGAUCGCAAUCUUGUAAUAACACAAAAGAAAAAAAGAAGUCGAAGAAAAACGUCCCAAAGAAAAUCUUAAGACCACCAGUUACCUACACUUACGUUAAAGGAUUGUCCGGUUUACCAACCCAGAGGAUUCCAAAGAACAUUCCUAGGAUGUACAUGAACAAUCCAUGCGGUUGCAGUAUGCAGUAUAUGUCUGGUUUAAACCGAUAA